CGCUGCUGCCGCCGCCACCUCAGUCUCCGUCACAAAAACAAACCAGCCCCCACCGCAAACGGAGUAGCGCCCGCCGCUUUUCCUUUUACUUUCCAGCCGUGGUGGCUGGAUCAACCACACCAAGGACCUUAUACCGUCCCAGCGGGGAAAGGCCAGAGCGCGCUCAGAUUCGGCCGAAGAGGCUUGCGCGCGGGGCCCUGGCGGGGGAAAAGCGCACACACACAAUCCCCCCUCCGCGUCGGGACGAAAACUACAACUCCCAGCGUUCCUUGCGAAGCUACCACCGCCACCACCCCAGGAAAGCUGUUCAGUAAAACUCAAAAUAGCUGUUACUAUUUCCACCCGCCUACUUUCAAGCGGAAGUGGUCCCCCUGUUUCCGGUGAGCCAGGACGCGUCGCUGUGUCCAAGUCUUAUAACGGGCUCUCUCUUUAGAGACAGACGAGGUUGACAGAUUCGUGGUUUAAUUACGCCCAUUGCGCUCGUUGGAGGCGGGGCCGGGCCUCUCUCUGACUGUAGACUCGAGCAAGGUGACCGGCGGUGCUUCUGCUGCUGCUUGAAUCCGGACGGGCGAGGAGGAGAAGUGAGGAAGCUGAAACAUCUCAUCAUGAUUCUCCAACAGCUCUUCAGGUUUUCUUCUGUUUUCCGUUCAGCUAUCUCCAUCCACUUGCGUAGAAACAUUGGCUUUUCUGCUGUUCUGUUUAAUAAGGCAAAGGAACUUGAUCCUGUGCAGAAACUCUUCUUGGAUAAGAUCAGGGACUAUAAAACAAAGAGCCAGAAAACUGGUGGCCCUGUUGAUGUUGGCCCAGAAUAUGAUAAAGAAAUGCAUGAACAAAUUACGAAGCUCCAACGGUUAUAUGGUAGUGGAGACAUGACCAAAUUUCCAGAAUUCAAAUUUGCGGAGCCCAAAUUUGAAGAGGACCAGAAGUGAUGUGAUAUCAUGUAUACACGAAGCAGCAGUGUCAGGCUGGAGGUGUUGAAAAGGCCUGCAGUUGUAAUUUAAAUAAACAGUUCAGUGUUCAAAUGUG